AUGACUUCGACUCUGCUACCACCGCCCAAGCCGCUCGACGUUACUGGCGACAUUUUCCACAACUGGAACAUCUGGAAAAAUCAACAGCUGCUCAGUAUCAGAACAGAGACUGAUAAAGACACCCUCAUGACCGAACUCUGCCGUUACGCGAGUACAGAGUGGCCCAAAAGCAAGCAGCAGCUCCCGGAUGCCUUAAAGCCAUACUGGAGCUACCGUGAUGAGCUACACGUCGAGGAUGGGCUGCUUCUCGGAAGCAACAAGCUUGUAAUUCCUCCAUCAAAACGCAAGGAAGUUCUCGGCCUGCUCCACGCUGCACAUUGUGGUGAAGACAAAAUGAAGGCGAGAGCAAGACAGUGCGUUGUUGGAGUGGCGGAAUACUCCGAGGGACGAACAGUUGCAGUCGCCAGCUCAAAGGCUCAUGGGACGUCACACCAGAAGCCAACUCCCGGUUCUCAACUGUCACCUGGAGCCCAAGACGAUACCCACGGAAGCAGUCCUGACCGCGACGAUGACUGGGGCCGGGUGUUCCUGCUCGCAUGCGUUUUACUGCUCAUCGGCGUGUUCUUGUGUCUAAUACUGAUCUCGAUGCAGGUGUUUUUUAGCGACAGCGACCUAGAUGACGACGCAGACCGUACUGAUGAGACAGGAACUUACAGCCGUGUUGUAGGUUCGGGAGGGUCGAGCAGGGGUGGAGCGACCAAGAGCAUUCCACGAGAGCCGAGACCAACUGCUGUGAGAUCUUCCCCAAGACAGCCGCCUGUGAGCCAGCGAGAUUCAGCGACCAACCACCGUCGGUCGCCGACCGUACCUCCGGUACCACAUAUACCGGGUGUGCACCCGUCCCCAAGUCUACGAACGCCGAAGACCACACCAGUUCCCCAGCCGCAACUACCUUCCACGCCAAUGGUUACCCGACCACCACCACUGAAACCAUCGAAGCCAAAGGCCACGCGAGGAGCACCAGCACCGCGAGCCACAAAACCGAAGACUACCCCACCGCCACUGAAACCAUCGACGCCGAAGGCCACCCGAGGCGCACCAACGCCGCAAGCCAAGAAACCGAGUAUUACCCCACCACCACCACUGAAACCAUCGAAGCCAAAGGCCACGCGAGGAGCACCAGCGCCACAAGCCACUAAAGGGAAGACUACCCCACCGCCACUGAAACCAUCGACGCCGAAGGCCACCCGAGGCGCACCAACGCCGCAAGCCACGAAACCGAGCAUUACCCCACCACCACCACUGAAACCAACGAAGCCAAAGGCCACGCGAAGAGCACCAGCACCGCGAGCCACAAAACCGAAGACUACCCCACCGCCACUGAAACCAUCGACGCCAAAGGCCACCAGAAGAGCACCAAUGCCGCAAACCACGAAAACUGCUUCACCGUCAACACUGCAACCAUCGACGCCAAUGGCCACCCGACUAGCACCAACGCCGCAAACCGCGAAACCGAAGAUGGUCCCACCGCCACCACAGCAACCAUCAACGCCAAAGGCCACCCGAGGAGCACCAACGCCGCAAACCACGACACCGAAGAUUGCUCCACCGUCAACACUGCAACCAUCGACGCCAAAGGCCACCCGACGACCACCACGGCCGCAAACCACGAAACCAAAGAUUGCCCCACCGCCACCACCGCAACCAUCAACGCCAAAGGCCACCCGACGAGCACCAACGCCGCAAACCACGACACCGAAGAUUGCCCCACCGCCACCACAGCAACCAUCGACGCCUAAGGUCACCCGAGGAGCACCAACGCCGCAAACCACGAAAGCGAAGGUUACCCGAGCGCCAACAUCGCGACCAUCGACGCAAAAGACCACCCCAACAACACCAACGCCACAAGCCAGGAAACCGACAAGUACCCCACCUCCACCGGUGCCGCGACCGACGCCAAAGCCAACAACUACUACUGAGGAUCCAUUACCAUGGUCCUUACAGCUCAUUGUGCCCAUUUUGCAACACAGAAAUCCAAAAUCUGACAGUGACACGCGUAUUAUGGACGUGCCCAGGACUUCAUCCAAGCCAUCUCCGCCACCUCCGGGCAACAGGCCUUCGGCCUGUUCGCCCACCCGACCUUGA